UUGGCCGUCCGUCAGUUGAGAUUCGACACAGAGCAAGACUAGAAGACUGACGACUGGGACGUGACGCGACCGUGUGUGUAUAUACAUAUCUCAGUGCAUUGAUAUACCACUAACCAUUAGAGCAUUAGUGCAAUAGUUUGUAGAUCUAGAACGUAGAACUGCACUGUUAUCAACCCGCCGCGCGAUGAUAGAAGCGUGAUUGGUUAUACGGAAUUUCUGUUAUCAAAACGAGUUGAGGCUUUUUUGCCUGAGAAAAUCCGAGUGAGUGAGUGUUAAGCCAAAUGUCGAGUGAUUAGUUUUAGAAGGUGCAGCGAGGCUAAGAUCGUCGAGGGAGAUAAGUUCACAGUAGCAAGAUCGUUCAGUGCAAGUGAACCAAUUCGAUUAAAAGCGAUAUAACGAAGAUUUCGGUGCGCGUUGUGCGGAAAAAAUCAAUUUUGUACAACAUCUGCGACUGAUAUGAUAUACUGAACUCAGUGUCAAUUUGGAUCAAAGAAUGCGCUGCUGAGGUUCUCGCUAGUGUUGUGGUAGUGGUUAUUACUCGUGGCCUGCUAUAACAGCUUCCAAAAAAUAUCAUCGCUUUAUUACCGUGGUAACCGAGGUCACCGUCGUAGUCGUCAUAGGUAGUUGGCGAAAGUGGAAUAAAAAUUCUAAUUGAUUUAUGAAUGUGUAGUUCGGAAGGACAACCGCGAACACGCCGAACUUCUAGCUAACAUACGUAGUCUACUCUGGGACGAACAUCACUCUAAUCAACUUCGAACUGCGUGCAUGCUCAGCGCGCUGCGACUCUGGACGUGUAGGUGCACCACGUCUGGCUAAAAUUUUGAAUCAUCGUUCAACGCCCACGCAAAACGUUCUGUUCUGCCCUUGGGGAGACAGCAGAAUACGGUGUUUCGUAAAUCUCAAAUCUCGAAAUAUUGCAUCUGCAAUACACGCGUACAUUGCAAAUAAAUUUUCCUUUCCGUCCACUCCCGUAUAUUUGUGUGUAAGUAAACCAUCGAAAAGAAAGGAAAAUAAUUUCAUUUUCUGGUGCAAAAUACAACACAUAAAAAGCUAUAGGAAAGCCGCAGAACGCAAAACGCCUCAACUACAUAGCAAUAAAUAAAAAGUAGAAGCGUAAAAUACGACAUUGAAGAAGAGCGCACGAAGUCGAAAGUAAACACACGACUUGCACUCUUCCAUGCGUUCAGCGAUACCAACGAGACUCGCGGUUUGGUGCUUUGUCUAGGUAGUCACCUUAACCCGGUGUGCGCGAUCAAAGUAGCUCGCUGACUUCGCGUAACCGCAUAAUCGACCUUGCGCUGCUGUUGGUUUGGUUCUGUACCGUACUGACGGUGUAGCUGGAAGCGACUAGAUCUAGUAGCCUGAGCACGACAGCACCUAUAUUCGCUUUUCGUAGGCAAACAGAAAAGGCUUAGCGACGUACAGAAUGGCUGAUAUUAUCGAGGAUGAGAUGAAACACUGCUACGAGAAUCUGAUCGUCGUAGACGUUGGCGCCAAUCUGACCAACAAAAAGUACAUCCGUGACCUGGACUCGGUGAUACAGCGCGCUAAAGAUUCUGGCGUCCAAAAGAUCAUGGUACCGGGCACGUCGGUCAAAUCGAGCAAGGAGGCCCUUCGUCUGACGCGUAUCUACCCGGGCAUCAUCUACUCCACGGCGGGAAUCCACCCGCACGAUUCGAAAUCCAUCAUCGAAGAGCCGAGCACGUGGCACGACUUUGAGGUGAUUGCCGGCGCGCCGGAAUGCGUGGCCAUUGGACCGUGCGGGCUAGACUACCAGCGGGAUUUCAGCGAACCGUGCACCCAGAAGGACAUCUUCGAGCGGCAGCUCCGGCUGGCGUGCAGCCUGCAGAAGCCCAUUCUGAUACACGAACGAUCUGCCCAGGAGGAUGUGUUGGAAAUACUCUCGAAAUUCCAGCCUACCCCGCAGAUCAUAAUCAGAGGCUUCAUGGGCACGACUGAGGAAGCGCUGAAAUAUAUACAAAGGGAUUACUACAUAUCCCUAACGGGUUAUCUAUGCAAGGACAAAUCCGACACCGGUGUACGCAAAUUGCUCGAAGACGGCCGGCUGCCCUUGGAGCGUCUCCUGGUGGAAACCGACUCGCCCUUCAUGUAUCCCAACACCCGGGCUUCCAAGCUACCGCAGCACGUAAAAACCGGUCUCACCGAACGAUCUCUGCUCUAUCUGCACCGCUACUGUACCUUCCAACGUAACGAACCGUGUAGUCUGCCCGCGAUCGUGGAAAUGAUUGCCGCAUUCAUGAACAAGAAACCCGAAGAUGUUGGGCUGGCAACGGCAUUCAAUGCACUUAAGUUAUUCGGGUUGUCCCAAUGAUAGUGGGAAACUCCGAGACAAUUACCGAACAAACAAACAAACAAAAACGACAAUGAGCUCUGAAACGAAAACGAUAAUUUCCUAAACCCAUGAUUUUAUCCUAUUAAUGUUAGUUGAAACGAUUUCAUUAUCUCCCUAUCGAAACAUGUUAGCAUGAACUAUUUUUAAAACACGAUUUUAUAUUCCUAGAACACACACACACAUACACUCAUACACACAAACACAUACAAUUGUUGAUUUAAACCUAUUUAAGUCUUGCCUGAUGAUAAUACGUUAAUGUAUGUAUAUUAAAUGUUGUUGUAAUUAGUUGAUUUCCAAGGCUGCUCAAAGAGCCACUGUUACUAUACCAUGCACAGACAAGCAGACAUAAUCCUUGGAAAAUUUCGUCGUCCAAAGCUUCGCGUCGUCUAAUCAAUGUUGCUAGGGAUUAUGACUUAUGAAUUUCCUCUUUGGAAGGAAACUGUGCAGUGCAAGUUGCUGAAGUACUGCUAGAUUCUGUGAAAAUCGUUGCAAGCUUCUGCAUAAAGAAAUGCAACCUUCUAAAAAACGUUUGGAAAACUUCUGAAUAAAAAAAUGCAAUCUUCUGAAGAGUGCUUCAAUUGCAAAUAUUCUGUAAGAUGCUUUGUGCACUCCAAGCUUCGAGAAUUACAGCGAAGUUGAUCAUUCAAACAGAGAUGGUUGUGGUAGAAGUUUUUGGCGUAGCUUAAAGGAUAGCGAACGUGUUCAUGGACGUUUCUAAGAAUUAUGUCUGUAGCAUCUGUGGCAUCUUAUGCAUAUUGUUUUGUUCGACGUAAAUUUGAAAUUGCUGCGCGUAGUUGUAUUCUUAGUUAAUAAGCAUGAGAAAAAACGAAUUGUGUUAAUUUGAAGUUAUUUUCUAUAUGUGACGCUAAAGACUGAAGAUACUAAAACAUUAGAGGAAAUCAAAAGCAGAAUAAGCAGAAGCCGAACGAUAGCCGCCACUCAAACCAUGUGAACUAAUCUCGCGAGAAUUAGACGGCAAACAAAAUUAGAACUCUGCUUGUUUUCGGAGAAACGGCAUUCGAUCAGGGAAAACAAUCUCAGCUUAUAGCAUAUAGGCAGCCAAGCCCGUUUUACAGACAAACGCACGCGAAACAUUCCUUGCCAAUGGCUGCUUCUCGGGAAACGACCAGAUUCUACCGAAGGCGGAAAUCCAAACACAAGGUGUUCUUUUAAGUGCUUAUGUAUAGUAGGGAUGUUCUCAAUAACACUAGAAAAGAAAGCAAUCGUAUUAUCUGCUCUGGCUACGAUAACGACUAGAUGAUAGAGUGCUCUUAUCCAUUUGUUACUAUAAGUUGUAUCGUUAGAUGAUUAGUUUUAGGCAUGUUUAGAAGGAAUUUAUUGCAAGUGAUUGUUAUUCACUCAGUUAUAAAUAUUUCCGGUUAGAUGGUGACAAGCAAAGUGUAAUUAUAGAAGAAAAGUGCCAUAAUGUUUAUCUUACUGUCAAGAUUUGAGUAUGCGACACUCUGUAUUCAUCGUGUAAAUUAUUGAGAUUGAUAAAUAAAAGAAUAUAUUUUUAUAAAAAAAAACAA